AUGUCGAACACACACACACCGUCACCGGUGCCCGACCUGAAUCGGAACCGGCUGCCGACCCUCUUCGAAGUUCUGAGCAGACGGACGCUGCCGCCAGUCGACCUGUUCUCAUUCUACAUCUUUAUGAGAGAUCAGCAAAGAUCAGUGGACUAUCUAGACUUUUGGCUCGAUGUCGCUCAGCACAUGACAUUAUGUCGGCACUACGUCCGCGAGAUGCGAAGGUCCGUCCUGAUAGGCACGCCCGAACCCGAACACGCCUCGAAGCGCUCCUCUCAGAUCCUGGAGAGCAUGGGCGACCUGAACUACGCCGCGCCGGGCCCAUCGAUGUACGCCACCGAUAAGGACCGGGACCAGGACGCGCAGAUGUCGGCCUAUUUGCGCGAGGACAGGGCGUCGCCAACCGCGGCCGGCUUCCACGACUCCCCGCAUAGCAGCGGCGAGCGCGCCAGACCCAGCCCCGGCACGGGUAGCACGCCACGCGAUCUGAUGACCGACUCCAACAGCCCCUUCCACGAGGUUGCGAGGCAGGACAUCCGCGCAUCGGCCGAGAAGAUCCUCUACACGUUCCUCCUGCCCGGUGCGGAGCGGGAGAUCGUCCUGCCCGCUCAGAUCACCGAGGAGGUCACGAGGUCCAUCGAGGAGGAAGGCAGAGAUGACCCGGAGGUGUUCGACCUGGCCAAGGAUUAUGUGUUCCAGGCCAUGGAGAGAGACGCGUUUCCCGGCUUCCUGCGCAUGAAGGCUUUGGGCAACCUGAUCCCGCCUACCCUGAUCAUGAGGCUCAUCAUCGGCUUGGUCUCGAUGUUUGGUGGAUUCUGGGCUGCGUUCGUCUUGAUCUUCCUCGACUCCUCAAGGCUGACGAGGUUAUGGCUCAUUCUGCCCUUCACGCUUGGCGUCUAUUUCCUCGCCUCAUAUCAGUACUCUCUCGACCCCGUACUGGCUCUGAUCGGCCUGAGCGAGUACACGCCUUUCAACUUCUCCCGGGUGCGGGAGCCAUACGUCCGCAAACUGCUCGCAAAGCGCGCCCUGAUGGUCUUGGCCGUGACGGCAACGGUGGAUGCGGCACUACUGGUUCUGUUCAUCCUCGUGCCCGGCAAACGGCUCUGA